UCAGCUGAGUGGUCACAUGACCACGCAGCCACUCUCCGAGCCGCCUAGCAUAACAGGUCAGGGGCAGCGCGGGCGCCUGGCAGAUACGUGGGCUUAAAAACCCCGCACUAACAAUGGGUGCAGACGUCUCAAGCCGACUUCUGAGAGCAACUGAGAGUGGCAAAGUGUUCAGUGUGCUGUGACCGUUCAGCCAAGACCUAUCCUGCGACUAUGCAUCCGUUCGGCUGCGAGGCAGAGACCUCGCUGCAAGACUUGUUUGAGUACUUCAAGAGUUGCUUGCAUCAUGGCGAGUGGGAGCUGGCUGGGGCUUGUGUGCCGCAGCUGGUCGACUCCAGAGGGAGAAUCUCAGACCAACUGAAGGACAUUAUAAAAGCCAUCGUCUGCCAUCCUUAUGAUUUACAAUGGGAGUCUCUGGGCAGCGCGCACAAGCUCGCCUGGUUUUGGCUUAAUCUCUUGGACAAAUGGACUGAUGAAAAGCUUUCUCCAGACAUCAGGCGAGAGCUGGAGUUCCUGCUGCUGUUGGAGGAUCUUGAGUCAGAGGGGAUUUCAGAAACUAUCCUCAAGGAGUUGCACAAAGCCUUUCUCAACACAGCGGUUGCGGACGCAGCGAGGACUGCAAGCUUUGCUGUCGUGUCCUGCCUCCAAACUUUGCUGGAGAAGAAAAAGGCCCGACUGGCUCACUCACUCACACAUUUCCUGCAGAAGACAUCGUGCGCAGACGACCACCGUCUGCAACAGUCCUUCAUCCAACACUUAAUGAAGAAACUGGGGAAGCCAGAGCGAAGACCUGAGAGAGUGGAGGAGUGGGUGGAGGAGAUUUACGCCGUGUUGGCUGUGAUGCCCUUGACGUCCCAUGCAGAUGGGGGUCAGUUUGAAGCACUCUGUGAGACGCUGUGGGCAGCCCGAGAUGGACCACUGAAGGAGGAGAGGGUCCUGAGUUCACUGCUGCGCCCUCACUCUGACUCUCUGGUAUCUUCAUACUGCUCAACUGCUCUGCGGUUGCAGAGAGAUCUUCUUCUGAGAAGUGCACCUGAUACACAUGUUCACCUGCCUGAGGCGGAGAAGCUGACCCUCAGUUUAUGUUGCCAUAAGGACCGCCAGACUGUUUGGAAGACCAUCUACUUUGAGUGCCUUAAUAGUGGGAAACACUUUCUGGAACAAGUAUUGAUUACAGCACUAGACCUGGUUAAGCAUGAGGAGUUUUCUCAGCUGAAAGACUUGCUGCAGUUGGAGUUCCAGCCUUUGUCUCGCCUGCUGCUGUUGCUGGGAUGGACCCAGUGCCGUAGUUUGAGCUCAGCUCAAACGCUCCUCAGCUAUCUACACCAUGAGCAGGUUUCGGCCAGUGACUCGGUGCUGCAAGAGUUUGCCAACCUUCUGUCUUCUCAGCUUGGAAUUCUUGAGUGGUGCAAGAACAACAAUCCCAGGAUUUCCACUGAGGCCUUGCUGGCGCAGCUCCACACCCUUGACAAUCAUUCAGCCCUCUACAUACUGCAUGUCCUGACUCCGCUGGCUCAGUUCGAAGAGCGGAGGAUACUGGAUCUCCUGCAGCAGCUGCCAAACUUUGCAAGGGCCGAGGACACUGAAGCCAUUUGCACUCCAAGUGUGCAGAAGAACAUCAUUCUGUUUCAGGGAUUUUGUGCCAUGAAAUAUGCCGUUUACGCUCUUUGUGUAAAUGCACAUAAAUACUCCAACUGUGCGGAAUGUGGUUCCCAUCAAGAGCAGCUGAUAGCAGAACUGGACCAAAUCCAAGCCUCAACUUCCCCUGACGACUGCCACUUGCAGUUCCAGCACUACCUGUCCGAAUGCCAGCUCUAUUUGGAGGCCGUUCCUGCCAUGUUCCGCUUGGAGCUCCUUGAGAACAUCUUCUCCCUCCUCUUCCUCUCCAGCUCUGACUUUGCGCUACAAAUUCCAAAGGACACAAACUUGAACGAAAACAAUGAAGGACGAGACAGAAAUGAAGCUGCUGCAGACACAAAUGAGGGUGCCAUGAAAGGGAGCCAAACUGAACGACCCGGUUCCCCAGCUUCACUGCACCCUUCCUACCUGGAUCUCAACCACUUUGUUCAUGGCUGUAAGGGGUUCCUGGUUGAUGUCAAAGCGAUGGAGGGGUUUCUGAAGCUGCUGAAAGAAGGGUUGGAGGGUAUGAGUGUGGUGGCUCCGCAGGACGGGCAGGAGUCCGGACGAGCCUUUCAGAGGGAAGCAGAGGUAGCUGAGAGCCUCGGUUGCUCAGUGACAGCACAAACCUUUGGUGCUCGACUGCAGAGGUUGUCCAAACGAAACGCGGAGGCUCAGUGGAGGUUGCAGGUCAUCACCCGGAACCAGGACAAUAACAAUAGUUCUGAGCAUCCCUUCCAGAUGUCCUCGCUGGGCAUUACCAGCAAGGUUGUAAAACACAGCAAGAGCUCCACUUUGAAGAGAAGAAAGAAGCAAGGCAGAAGUUCCACAGAAAGACGCUCUUCGGUGGAAAAGCAGAAUGUAGAAGUCAGCACAAGUACUUCAGAUGGAGGAACAGCUGGAAGCUCUGGAGAGCAAGAGGUUUGCCGCUGUGGUGGUCCUCACAGCUGGUUGGUCCCGGCUAUGUUGUCUCCUCCCGAGUCCCUUCUCAUCUCCUGCAUCCGUCGGGGCAACUUCAUGGAGGCACAUCAGGUUUCUUUGGUGUUCGAUUUGGAGACUUCUGCGAGCUCUGGGGAGCUGGUCUUCAUGGAACGCUACAAGGACGUCCUGGUGGAUCUAGGCAAGGUGGAGCAGAAAAUGGAGAGCCAGUCGAUGUCUUCGUCGUCCUCUUCGUCAGAGGGCCUCGGCUCUGCGGCUGCCCCAACAGGGAGGAGUCGGCUUGGCAGCAGUGGACGCUCCACCCUGCAGGCAAUUGGCAGUGCCGCAGCUGCCGGUGUGGCUUUUUACUCUAUCUCCGACAUUGCUGACCGGCUGCUCAGCACCCCGACCUGCCCGAUGCCCUCGCUGGAAGAAAGAUAUUGGAUCAACAGGUUUUCCUCUGAGCCGUCAGGCCUCCUCUACAGACUGCUGGAGGAGCUGAGCCCGGCAGCCAUGGCUACCUUUGACUUGGCCUGCUGUCACUGCCAGCUUUGGAAGACGUCGCGGCAAAUGCUGGACACCACGGAGCGACGCCUCAACAGCAGCCUCGAAACUCGAGGUUUAAAGGUGUCCCAGAGAGCCUCUUGCUCUGAGGGCAUCUGUGGCUUUCCAAUGGUUUUGCAGCAGAUCAGCAAGAUCCUCAAUCACUGUGCGACCAAUAAGAACUCUGGCAAAACAGAUGCGGCCAGUGAAGAGCAAGUGGUUUCCAGCCCAUUUGGUUGCUGCCUCCAGGAAGUGCUCCUCUGUUGCCACCCAACCCUGAGUGAAGAAUGCAUCGCCGGCCGACUCGGCCUCACUCAGCGCCUGGAGAACGUCCUGCAUGUUCUCAGUACUGCCACAGAUGGAGUCGACGGCAACCUGGGAAGCUCUCUCCUGCAGAUUCUGGAAGAGCAGGCCUCACUGAAGGCUUCGGAGUUGGAUGCCCACCCUGUGCGGUCCAACAUGAAGCAAUUGCUUCGCACUUUAGACCAACUCUGCCCCUUUGAGCCUGAGGGUGACCUGAACAGACCUGACUUUGUGCGUAGUUUUCUGGACUACGUCAACACAUUAGCGUCCGUGCUUGUGCGCUGCCUAAGAACCGAAGACCAGAGUUGCCAGGCCAAACUAGGAAAUCCUCUGCUGGUGUUGCUCCAGGCUCCUUCUCAGCUUCUCUCUUACGUGCUGUUUGAAAGACAGGUGUCCCCAGACAGGGUGCUGUCGCUGCUGCAGCAGGAGGGUCUUCAUUUAAGUGUCCAAAAGGUGAUCGUCCAGCGAUGCUGCGAGAGUCUGCCAGUGUGGGUGUUGGGUCCCUGUGAUGAAAGAGAUGCCAAAAAAGAUGAAGAAGUGUUCAGCAUGUCCAGUUUGUCCGCCCUGCUGCAGCAGCACGCUCAGGAACACACUCUGACUCUGGGGUUGAAUGAGGCUCCGUCGGAUGUCAGUUCUCAGUCUGAAGCUUCGGAGGAGGAAAACUCUGCUGCGUCCGUCAACAACUCUGCUGCACCCACCCCAUCGUCCUCCUCUUUUCUCCUCACUCCUUCUGCACUGACCUUCCUCAAAUCCCGUUCUCCACUCAUGGCCACUCUGGCCUGUUUAAGUGCCUCCAAAGGGGAAACAACACGGACUCAGCCGUCCGGAUGGUCGGGAUACUUCCGGAGUGGACGUAAGGAGGUCGUCCUGGAUGGAGAGCAAAUUUCUCGCGAGGCUGAUAAUCUCCUGAAAGACUUUCCUAUCCUCCGAACGUACUUGCACACCAUGGUGGAGCCAGUUCUGGGUUCCUCUACCAAUGAUGGAGAAGAAGGUUCAUCUGGACUCGGGGCUCUGCUGUGCGGGAAACCACUCGUCAGUCUACUUCUGUCCGGGCCUCAGGAGGACGUCGCUCAGGCCGUGGCUAGAGACGCCUUCCAACAGGCCCUCACCUCCAAAGACCUGAGUCGCGCGCUGAGACUGCUGGAGCUGUAUGGACAACACUUCAGCCAGGAGGGGGCGCUCAGAGACCAACUGCUGGCCUGCGCUGCGCUGCAGGGUGAGGACAUCAGUCAGUUGUUCCGAGUGCAGGAUCCAAACCUGCGAGCGCGCGUUGCCCUGCAGUCUCUUGAGAACUGGCCUCUGCCUGCCUGCCUGGAGCUGUUGGAGUUCUGCCUCAUCGACACGAACACAGACGCUGCCGUAAAAUCAGAUUUGGAGCUCAAAAAGAAGGAACUUGACAUUUAUUGCCUGAUGUUGAAUUUACACCCGCCGUUGCCGUGGACAACCUGGCAGGAGUUACGGGCCAAGUCCAAAACCAACUCUGAAUCAAUACUGUCCAUGAUGCUGGAGGCGAAGGAGUUUGAACUUUGCAUGCAGUGGGUGGAGCUGUACCCCGUCUCUGACCAGUCGAGGCUGCAGCUUCAGACGCAGCAUUUGCUUUACCUGCUUGAAAAGGGCCAAACUGAUGAGGCCUUUCAGUUACUUGAGGGUCUUUCUGAUUUUGUCAUUGGCCUGGACAUCUGUGAGCGCGCUCUGGAUCGCCUUCCCGGAUUGGCUGCCUGUCAUUUUUUGGCCGACUACCUCACAAUGCAUUUCCAGAGGCAGGUUUCUCCUGCUCGCCGGCGGCACAUUCAUGCCCUUCAUCUGGGAUCCAAGGUGCUGCUAACACUGCCCCCUGCAGCCAGACAGGACUACUUCUCUCUGCUGUCAGAGCCACUACUAAUGCUGGAGCAGCUGCUGAUGAACCUGAAGGUGGAGUGGGCUGAUCUGGCAGUGUGCACUCUGCGAGCUCACCUGGCGGGUCAGCAAGCGGGCUUCGGGGCCGACGACAUCGAUAAGCUGCUGUCUGACUAUGCCUGCAAGGCACUUGACUUCUCCUGCGCCCCCAGAGAGCGAACACGAUCUGACUCGGUCAUCAGCCUCCAGGACGCCUUGCUGCAGUGCCCUGCUCAGGACAGCGUCUCCCUGUCCUCCAGUCGAGUGGAGUCUCAGCCAAACUCUGCCACCAGCACGCCCACACACAGCAUCUCCUCCAACAGCACGGACAAAGACAAAGAUCGGAGCUCAGGAGGCAGAAAACGUCGCUCUCCUCCCAAAUUCCAGCCGCCAGACCUACCUCCGCCCCGUAAAGACUGGGUCCCUGACGCCCAGCGGCGCGUUUGCAUGAUCUGUCAGCGUGAGCGGUUCACCAUGUUUAACAGAAGACAUCACUGUCGCCGAUGUGGCCGCCUCGUCUGUCAAGCUUGCUCCGAGCACAAAAUGCCAGUGGAGGGUUGCCCCGGAGAGGAUGUCAGAGUGUGUGACCAGUGUUACGCCUACUUCCACCCAGACUCGGAUGAUGAUCUAGAGCCAGCUGAGGUUGCAGGGAGUCCUUUGGCAUCAGAUGAGUCUCUUGAUGGGAUGUUGCACCUUCCUGAAGUUGUUCAACGGCAGAUCCACCUGAGCACAAAUCGAGCCGAGAACCAGCAGCUGCGCAGCGAGUUCUACUACGAGCAGGCCCCGAGUGCGCACCUGUGUGUCGCCAUCUUAUCGCUUCAUAGUGACCUCACGGCCUGCGGUCACCAGCUCAUUGACCACUGCCGCGCCCUCUCUCGUAAGCUGACCAACCCAGAGGUGGACGCCUGCCUUCUCACCGACAUCAUGCGACAGUUGUUGUUCAGCGCCAAGCUGAUGUUUGUCAAGGUGGGCCGCAACCAGGAUCUGGCCCUGUGUGACAGUUACAUCAGUAAAGUCGACGUGCUUAACAUUCUGGUCUCGGCAAACUACAAGUACAUUCCAUCCCUGGACGACAUCGUGGAGACGGCAGCCGUCACUCGCCUGAGAAAUCAGCUCCUGGAGGCCGAGUAUUACCAGCUGGCAGUGGAGGUUUCUACCAAAAGUGCUCUGGACCCUGGCGGUGUUUGGCACGCGUGGGGAAUGGCCGCUCUGAAAGCUGGUGACCUGUCAGGGGCUCGGGAGAAGUUUGCCCGCUGCCUUAAGGCCCCAGUGGACCGGAAUCAGCUCAACUACGGCCCCUCGCUGCUGCAGGAGAUCGUCAAGCAUCUGGAGACCACCGCUCGGCCAAGUCGGACCUCAAGCCACAGCGAUGACAUCUUGGCGUCUCUGUGCGAGUUGGAAGAGGCUCUGAAUGAUGGCGGCCAGAUGCUAAAAGCAGACAGGCCAACUCUGAACAGCACAUCUCACCAAGAGUGUCUCUACUACUUGAACACUUAUGGCACGCACCUGUCGCUGGUCAGCUUCUACAUGCGCCACGACUGCAUGAAAGAAGCUCUGACUUAUCUCCUCAACAAGAACUGUCCAGAUGACGUGUUUCUGGAGGGUGUGCUGCAGCCCAGUCUGGAACGUGGAUGUCUGGGGAUGCUGCAGGGGACACUGGAGAAACUGGACCCCAGUUUGGAAACCUGCAGCCGCUACCUCAUCGCCUCCUGCCAGUUCCUGCAGCGGCGCGGAUACUUCCACACGCUGUACCAGCUCCAGCAGUUCAUGAUGGAUCACGUGCGCGCCGCUAUGACCUGCAUACGCUUCUUCACUCAUGGAGCCUCCUCAUACCAGCAGUUGGGAGAGCAGCAGCGCUGGUUGGUCCGAGCCAAAGAGCACCUGAGGACGUACCUGCAGGAGCAACAAGGUCGAGGUGCCGGAAAGAAGAAGACUCCCGUCACCACGUUUAGAAAGAUGAUGUCCUCAAAUGACGUGUCCAGGCACAUGAACACCAUAGAGCUCCAGCUGGAGGUGACGCGCUUCCUCCAUCGCUGUGAGGCGCCCGCCACGCCAGGGUCAGGUUCGCCCCCAACUCUGUUCGGAGCAAGCCCCAUGAAGGUGGAGGUGGCCUGCAAGGUGAUGCUGGGAGGGAAGAACAUCGAGGAAGGAUUUGGCAUUGCAUACAGAGUAGUCCAGGUCUUCCAGCUGGAUGCGCGGGUGGUGUACGAGCGCGUGGGCCAGAAGCUGAUCCGUGAGAAACAGUACGGGUCGGUGCGCCAGCUGCUGAAGUGUGUCGGGGAAUCGGGGACCGCCACCAAAAACGACUGCGACGCCCUUAUCCUCAGCUGCGUCUCAGUCGCUGACAAAGGAGCGGCGGACGCCAAAGAGGUGGAGGGUCUCAUCUUGGAGACGAAGAACACGGAGAACAAGAUCAAGGCGUACCUGCUGUGUGGGAAGCUGCGGCCUGCCUACCUGCUGGCUGUGAAACUGGAGCCCCGACGAGCCGGACCGUUAGUCCACGACGUUCUGGUGGCGGCAGAGGAAGCAAAAGACUCUGUGAUGCAGAACAUUUGUCGCCAGUGGUUAAGCGAACAUCCCGUCUCACAGCAGCGCCACAGUAACAGGUGAAGGCGAGCACACUCACUGCCGAGGCUAAAGUCAGGUCACAUCUUGGAGGUUGCCUCAUAAUAAUGCAGGGCGUUUGCUGACAUGGUUUGACAUGUUUGUAAUCGAUUAGAUCACGAAGAAAAUAUACGUAAUGGUUCAAAUUCAGGAGAAACUCUUCACUCUCGUAUGUACAAAUGAGGCUAACAUAAGUGUGAGUUCUGCGGGGAGCAUGCCGCAUCAUCACAGCCAGGCUACAUUACAGUGGCUACUCUCAAACCUGGGUCAAUGCUCGACUUGAAAUCAAUUGUUUGGGUUCCGUAAUGCCGGCAAAAUGAUCAGCGGUGAUGGAGGGGUUGGAUUUUCAAUCCACUUCCUCAAUAAUUGACUCUGAGUUACACAACCGUCUGUGACACACAUCAUUCCUCAAGCUCGUGACUGUUACCUCAGACCUCAUCUGAGGGAACAAUGUUACCAAACUGGCUAAACAUUUUUCAGAUAUGGCUGCUUUAUGUGAUCCCGCGACUCCUUCCUACCUCAGUUACAAAGGGAGAGGCUUCUCGCUGACCAAACAGACUGAUCCUCAUUCUCCAUUUCUUGUGUAUUGUCUCCUCAAUGUCAAGUGAUCAAAGCAGUAUUUGGUAAGGCUACAUGGCCUUUGAACAUUUCUAGAGGACAAACUUUUUUUGCCGUGGUCCUUUGCGUCUGAUACAGAUAGAAAACAAUGUUGAUUUGAAGUAAAUAUACAGAGUUUAUGAACAGAAGUCAUUUUUAAGACCAUCCUCCUGUCUAGUCGGUUGAAAUGGUAAAAACCAAAAUAGAAAAUGUGAAAAAUACAGAAUUAAUUCCUUGAAGUAAACUUUAUUUUCACCCAGACACAAAAAGUCACUGUGAAAUUAUGCACUUUAUAAUAUAAUAAUAAUAAUAUAACGUUUCAAUAACUGCAGGUGUUGAAAAUGGAAGGUCUCCUCAGCCAAAAUAUUAUUGAAAUUACAGCAUAAUUUGGUGACAGACGCUGAGGUCAUGGUGUUUAAAAUGACAUUGGAUCCUGAGUUAAUAUAAAAAUUGAUGUGAAAAUAUUCGUUGAAGAAGGAUUUUUAUUUGUUAUCAAAAGGGACUUAUUGAUCAGUGUUUAUUUUCCCCACUGGUCACAUGCUGUUAAGCCCAGAGCCACUAUACGUCGACAGUUUUGUCAGUGCCACUUCGUCGUCUCGAUAUAAAGAAGGGAUUUUCCCAUGGUGUUGUGCGCACCUGUGCUGUUGCUAUGGUGAUUGUUGUGUGGAUGUGUUGACGGUGUUUCCACUUCAUCUGUCCUCGAACAGCUGCACAGAAAAAAACUGACGUAAUUUGUGGAAUUUUGAAUGAAAAAGUAGGUAGUUUCCGUCUUGUCAGAUGCAGCACAUGAGGCUUUCCGCUCGCCAUCCUGUUCCUGACGCCGACUGUUGAUCACUGCCGCACUUUAUCCAGCUCAGUCAAAUCUUUUGUGAUUUUGAUGUCUGUAAAAAUAAUAACCUGAUUGACGCAGAAUUGUUUAAAAUGCCAUUGAUGUCAGCGACACUCGGGAAAUGAGUUGACUUAAUAAAAUGUUCA